CUGGGCCGCCAGAGUCACCACACGUGGCGCCACCUUCGCUCAGCAGUCGACAAGUGUCAAACUUCUUCACAGAAUGAAAACUCGUCGGAAAACCAAAGGAACAGAGGAGAGACAAAGACUACACAGAAAUAUGGCACCCCGUCCAGAAGACUCCCCUGUAUCCACACCACGCACACGUUCACCUGUAAAGGGUGUGCGCACAGGGGGUGUGAGCUGUGCAGGUCCUGAUGCUCUCUCAAUGCUUAACAUGCUGGCUGAGGUGGCUUCUGUAACUCUUCACACUGACCCUUCUGUCACAGACUCAAACCCAACAUAUAAAGCAAAGGCCAGUAGUGCAGCAAGCCGCAAGCCAAGUGACUAUGAGUUGUUGACCUUAGAGCACGUAGCAGGCAUGACAGACAACUUGCUUGUUAAGCUGUUUGCUGAGUUUGAGUCCAACGAAAUGUGGAAAAGGUUCACAUAUACCUGUGGCAUGCUUCCUGCGGCUUGCUCCAAAUACUUCCAGAGCUUUGGUAGUGAGCACAAAGCACGAGCAGGCAUGAAGUCUCAUCUUCAAACUCACCUUAAGAGUCUCAUGGAGGUCCAUAAAAGUACAGGUUGUACCUCUCUAGUCUGGCAACCUCGGGACCUGACCGUUCCCUUUGCUCAGUCUCAGAGAUCUAAAACCAUGAUUGUUCCUAUGGGCUUGAUGCCUGGCGCAGAGUUCCUCCUCUCCCUUUAA